UCUUAGUCUGUCUUCCUCCUCUCUCUCGUUGGUCGUUUACUCGCGCGUCGCGUCUCCGAACUUCCCACUCGGCAUCGACGAAAUCAAAGCCGGAGACCUUUUGAUCCAGUGUUAGGGUACAGGGCUUUGGCGCGAGGCCAUGGAGGGAUCCCUGGAGGCGCGGCCCGGUGUCCUCCUCGUCGGCGCCCCCGGCGUCGGCAAGCGAACCAUCCUCUCCCGGCUGCUUGCUGCUGAAAUACCUGACGUGCAUGACUUGUCAUCUGGUGUGCUGUGUCAGGGGUGGACAAUUGAAACAAAGUAUUACUCAGCUGAGCUUUCCAUCUGGACAGCGAAUCUUGGUGAAGAGUUUUCUCUUGGUUCCCUCCCUCAUCUAGAUCGGCUGGCUGCCCUUGUUAUGGUCUUCGAUAUGAGUGAUGAAUCCUCCUUGCUUACUCUGCAAAGUUGGGCAGCCAAUGUUGAUAUGCAGAGGUUUGAGGUCUUGUUGUGCAUUGGAAAUAAAGCAGAUCUUGUACCUGGUCAUGGUGCGCAUGUGGAAUAUAGGAGGCGUAUGCAAAGGCUUGGGGAGUCAAGUUCCGAUCCACACCCUGAAUACUUGGAUUUUGGAAUAAAUGAAAGUGAGGGUUGUGGCUUGUUAUCAGAGGAAGAACCAUGCAUAGAGAUCAGAAACUCUACUUCACAGUGGUGCAUUGAGCAGAACAUAGAGUAUAUUGAGGCCUGUGCUUCCAAUACUGACUUUGAUAAGUGUCUAUCGGUGGAUGGUGAUAGCCAAGGCUUGGAGCGACUCUUUGGAGCACUUUCUGCACAUAUGUGGCCUGGAAUGAUUCUGAAAUCUGGAAACAGAAUAACUGCUCCAUCCUUGGUUGAAAAAGAAGAAACCACGGAUGAUGAAUCCAACUAUGAUUUUGAGUACGAGGUCUUGUCCCAUGGAUCUGAUGACCAGUGGGAAUUCAUUGGUGAGACAAGUACUUCCAGAAGCUUUGAGAGAUCGGAUGCGGCUAAUGAUGCACAGGACCGCACACAUCAAGUUGUGAAUCCAAGUGCUGAUUCUUCAGCAUCCAAUGCUCUACCGAGUGACAGACCCACAGAAACUACUGUAACUCAGAGCAACAAGGCCAAAGAUAGUGAUCAUGUGGAUAAGACCGCAGCUGAUAGUGUUGACGAUCAUCAAGGUGAUGUAACAGAGGCUAACAACCUGUUUGAGGAUGAGCAUUAUGGCCUAGAUGACCUGGAGAAGCUAAUGUCGGAGAUUGGCAACAUGCGAUCCAACCUGAGGCUCAUGCCCGACUUCCAAAGGAGGGAGAUGGCUGCGAAGCUAGCCAUGAAAAUGGCAGCCAUGUUUGGUGAUGAGGAUGAAGAGGCAUUUGAGGAUAUCUAAGGCAAUUCAUGCAAUUCCAUCCUACUGCUGAUUUCCAUUCAGGUUGCAGAUGAUUGAAAAAUGUUUUUGUACAGGGCUAAAGGCCGAUGUGCCCCUGGCCACUUAGGGCCUUUCUCAUGAUAAUGUCUUUCUUUAGUGAAAAAUUUUGCGCCUCUUGAGCAUUCCAGAUAGUCUUGCAAGAUGUAUUUUAUAAACUAUAUUUCCUUGAAUCCAGGUAUUUUUGUGACUA